CCCGGGACCGCCCCAUCGCCGCCCCAUCGCAAUCACGGCAGGGCGGUCCCGGGGCGAGGCGAGGCGAGGCGGCCGCGGCGGUUGCCCGUGAUGGCGGCGGCCUCGUCCCCGCCGCGCGGCUUCUGCCGCUCCGUGCACUGGUUCCGCCGCGGACUGCGGCUCCACGACAACCCGGCGCUGCAGGCGGCUCUGCGGGACGCCGCCUCCAUCCGCUGCAUCUACAUCCUGGACCCUUGGUUCGCCGCCUCCUCGGCCGUGGGCAUCAACCGCUGGCGAUUUCUGCUCCAGUCUCUGGAAGAUCUGGACAACAGUUUAAGGAAACUCAACUCUCGCCUGUUUGUGGUGCGAGGACAGCCAACAGAUGUCUUCCCAAGACUUUUUAAAGAAUGGGGAGUCACUCGUCUCACCUUUGAAUACGACUCUGAACCUUUUGGCAAGGAGAGAGAUGCAGCAAUUAUCAAACUGGCCAAGGAAGCUGGUGUGGAGGUGGUCGUUGAGAACUCCCACACGCUCUACGACCUGGACAGAAUAAUAGAGCUGAAUGGCAACAAGCCACCCCUCACCUACAAGCGCUUCCAGGCCAUCAUUAGCCGUAUGGAGCUCCCAAAAAAGCCAGUGAGCAGCAUAGUAAGCCAGCAGAUGGAGACAUGUAAAGUGGACAUCCAGGAGAACCACGACGACGUGUAUGGGGUUCCAUCCCUGGAAGAGCUGGGCUUCCCCACAGAUGGUCUUGCCCCUGCAGUUUGGCAAGGAGGGGAGACGGAAGCCCUGGCACGGCUGGAUAAACACUUGGAAAGAAAGGCGUGGGUUGCAAAUUACGAAAGACCAAGGAUGAACGCCAAUUCGUUGCUGGCCAGCCCUACUGGACUCAGUCCCUACCUGCGUUUUGGCUGUUUGUCCUGCCGCUUAUUUUACUACCGUCUCUGGGAGCUGUAUAAGAAGGUGAAGCGGAACAGCACUCCUCCCCUUUCCCUGUAUGGACAGCUUCUCUGGCGGGAGUUUUUCUACACAGCAGCCACAAACAACCCGAAGUUUGAUCGCAUGGAGGGGAACCCCAUCUGCAUCCAGAUUCCCUGGGACAAGAACCCUGAAGCCUUGGCAAAAUGGGCAGAGGGCAAGACAGGUUUCCCUUGGAUCGAUGCAAUCAUGACCCAACUGAGACAGGAAGGGUGGAUCCACCAUUUGGCCAGGCAUGCUGUGGCCUGUUUCCUGACCAGGGGAGACCUCUGGAUCAGCUGGGAGUCAGGAGUCAGGGUGUUUGAUGAAUUGUUGCUGGACGCAGAUUUCAGUGUAAACGCAGGCAGCUGGAUGUGGCUUUCGUGCAGUGCGUUCUUCCAGCAGUUCUUCCACUGUUACUGCCCCGUGGGCUUUGGACGUCGCACAGACCCCAGUGGUGACUAUGUGAAGAGAUAUCUGCCCAAGCUAAAGGGCUUCCCCUCAAGAUAUAUCUACGAACCGUGGAAUGCACCAGAAUCUGUACAGAAGGCAGCCAAGUGCAUCAUUGGAGUGGACUACCCCAAACCCAUGGUGAACCAUGCAGAGACCAGCCGGCUGAACAUUGAACGCAUGAAGCAGAUCUACCAGCAGCUAUCACGCUACAGGGGGCUCUGUUUAUUGGCAUCAGUCCCUUCAUGUGUGGAAGACCUCAGUGGCCCAGUUACAGACUCAGCUCCAGGGCAGGGCAGCAGCACCAGUACAGCAAUCAGACUGCCGCAGUCUGACCAGGCGUCUCCAAAGCGCAAACAUGAGGGAGCAGAAGAGCUGUGCACUGAAGAACUCUACAAGCGAGCCAAAGUGACAGGUCUCCCUGCUCCAGAGAUCCCUGGCAAGAGUUCAUGAUUCCAUCCACUAGCAGCUUGCAAGUGAAGAGUGAGGGUGCUGAAGCGGUGACCAGAGGAGCAGGGACUGCUGCCUGCACAGGACUGGAACUCGUGAUCUGCUACAGGAAAAUCGGGGGCCUCCUAAAAUAUGUAAUUCCAAUAGCUGCCACAAGGGGGCACCGUGUAACGUGUACGUGGGAAUGUCGGGCUUUCUGAUCUCCAAAGAGCCAAAUAUGUCUCUUCUCAGCCAUGCCCUACAUCUGCCCACAUCUAGGAGGGCAGGAGCUUUCUUUCAGCCUGUUCACUCUCAAGUGUUUCUGUCUUUUCUGACAAUGGAUCAAUGCAUGUGACUUGCUGCAUUGAUAGAGAGAGCAGCAUCUGCACGUGGCAGCAAUAGUGAAUAUCCUUUCUCAUCGCUAGUACUAGGCAACAAGGUGUGCUAACUUCAAUUCAAACUGUAGUUGGAACUGAGAAGGAAGCUGCUGGAAUAUCCAAAGUACCCGGCCUAAAGAAAACAGGGAACUCCCCGUAUUUGUUUUGUUGGGCUAAACUGGUUGGGAUAAAAAUGCUUCCUGAAUAAAGCCAGUGAUGCACAUGUCAGAUGAAAAAGAAAUGAAGGAUAAUGUAGUAUAGGAACAAAGAGACACAAACUGUCCAUACAUUUGAAUGGCACUUAAAACUUUCCUUGCAGAAGAAUUUCACUGCUCCCAGGUAAGCCAUAGUGCUGUGCCUGCAAUGGGCAGCUUCAGAGCAGCUUGCCAUGGAGGGUAAGCACUGGAAGAAGGAGAAAUUCUUUGGAGAAUGAGACCGUGCUUUGAUGUGAUUAAAGGAGUCUCUCAAAAGCUUUCUGAUCCACAUCAUGUGGGAGCUGUACCUGGUGGGGAGAACAGCCUGGGGCUCAGUGCUUUACCACGUUUCAUUCCCCGAGUGAGAGCUCUCAGAUGGAGUAACCAGUAUGUAGUGAGUAGCCUGCGGAGUGCCUCGUACUGAUAAGAGAAUGGUAGCUCCUUGAAGUGAGUCUUCCUUGGGCUCAAGUCUGGUGUCAGUUCUGUGUGGAUGUUUGUUCUUUUCUGUAUUGACAUCUAUGCUUUUUGAGUUUCUACGCAGUAUUGUCCCUGUAUCUCGUACUCUGUGCGCCACUCCUAGUUCCCAUUCACAUUUAUGCUGGUGCAGUAUAGUCUAGCAGGACAACCAUGUACCUUCCCUGCCUCUUGAUCAUGCACUUCUUGGUUUGGUCCUGCUACAGGAUGUCAUUUCAGAGCAGUGCUGGCACAGUGCCUCUGCUUGCCUGCACACCUGAGAGGAAAAGGGUGCACAGCGAUAAUGCAGAAGAGCCUCUGUUGUGGUGGUUUUCAAGAGAGAUCACAUCAAGUAGCAAAUCCCAUGCAGUGGGCUGCUUUGGGCACUGUUGUCAUUUGCUGUCCAAAACCUUUCAUCUCCCACCCUGUCAUAAAUAGUGUGGGGCUGUAUGUGAGCUUAUGCACCUGGCAGCUUGGGGAGCCUAGUCAUUGUGACCCACCCUGACUGAGAUAAUCAGAGUCAGUUUUGGAGCCCAUAGCAAUGGGGUGCAAGCAGAAAUUGUAUCUGGGGAACCUGAAGUGGUGGAGGAAGCAGAGUGGUGGAAUAGCCGAGUAAUCUUUCCUUACAAGUAAUCUCCCUGGGAGUUGACCCAUUGGGCAGACUGUCCAAGGAAAUGAGUCACUUUUCCAGCCCUUUCUUCUAAGCUACUGAUCAGAGUCUCCCUAGUAGAUAGCCCAGUAAUCAGCAGGUUUUGUCUCCUUCACUCUGACCCAGACCUUGUUCCCACUGUGGGCAGGAAGGUGUAAAGGAAAGUUGACCUUCCCUGCCCCAUCUUCAGCUGCAGAGGGAAGAAAGGGGGAAAACAUGCACUUUGUAUACUUAGACUACAGAAAUAGCUAAUUUUGUCAUUUGGAGGUUGCGUGCUUAGGCAAUGGUCUGUAAAUAUGACUUUUUUUUUAUAUAUAUGUGUAUAUAUAAAUGUCUUUAACCUUC